AAAGAUGCCAUGUUGUUUAUCCUUCUGGUGCACUUCUAAAUGGCAUGUCCUCACUGACAUAUGCCCCUUCAGGUACACGCCUACAUCAUCAGCCACCUGAAAAAGGAGAUGCCGAGUGUAUUUGGAAAGGAAAACAAGAAGAGAGAGCUUAUCAGCCGGUUGCCAGAAAUCUACAUUCAGCUGCAGCGAGAAUACCAGAUUUCUGCAGGGGACUUCCCGGAGGUCAAGGCAAUGCAGGAACAGCUUGAGAACUACGACUUCACCAAAUUUCACUCACUGAAGCCCAAGCUGAUUGAGGCUGUGGACAACAUGCUGACCAGCAAGAUCGCGUCCCUGAUGAGCCUCAUCAGCCAGGAGGAGCUGAGCACGCCCACACAGCUGGUGCAGGGCGGCGCCUUCGACGGCACCGCCGAGGGCCCCUUCAACCAGGGCUACGGGGAGGGCGCCAAGGAGGGCGCCGACGAGGAGGAGUGGGUUGUGGCCAAAGACAAGCCUAUCUAUGAUGAGCUCUUCUACACCCUGUCGCCGAUCAAUGGCAAGAUAUCAGGCGUCAACGCCAAGAAGGAGAUGGUCACCUCCAAGCUGCCCAACAGCGUCCUGGGCAAGAUCUGGAAGCUGGCCGACUGUGACUGCGACGGCAUGCUGGACGAGGAGGAGUUCGCGCUGGCCAAGCACCUCAUCAAGAUCAAGCUGGACGGCUAUGAGCUGCCCAACAGCCUUCCCCCGCACCUCGUUCCCCCCUCGCACAGGAAGUCCCUGCAGAAGGCCGACUGAGGGACAGGCCGCCCACAGGGCGGGUGUGGGGUGGGAUUCGGGGGACCUGGGCCUGAGGCCCUUGCUGCCACUGACUCACGGAGUGACCCUGGGCAAGGCACACCCUCUCUGUGCCUCAGUUUCCCCAUCUGUAGGGUGGGGAGGGCAGACACUGGACACUAGAUGUGGUCCUUUCACCUCUAAAAUUCCCUGAGUUUCUAUUAAAAUAUUGGGGGGGAGGGAGUGGAUAAAGAGAUUGUAGGGUGGAGAAGAAAGAGAAAUUGACCAAAGAGUCCUCAGAAGCGUGGAGAGACAUCUCUGUAGAGGUGGGCUUGGUGGAGUCCCCGGAACAUGGGGCAUGAGCUGGGCGAGCCACUGGAGCAGAAGUCCGCUGGGCUUCCCCGGACCACGCAUCUGUGAACCUGUCCCUCAGAGGGCACCACGAGGGAGCAAAGAUGAUCUUAUUUAUUUUGUUUCCUGCUACAUUUAGAGUGGAAAAAAACAGAGCAGAGAGCAUUUCUGCUCUCUCCAAACUGUCUACCAAAGAGAAGGCAAUUGCUGCCCGAGGUUUGAAAGGAGGAUGUAUACAGUGUCUGUGUGUGCCCCGUGCCUUCUGCAGGCCCUAGCAGAGCAGAACAGGCAGCCAGGCCAAAGAGAGUGUCUGCCCCAGCACCCUACUGACUAGUCCUCCCAGGGCCCCCCACCCCUGGACCUUCCCAUCAAAGUUGUAUUUGGUUAGGAAUUUGGAACCCUCAACCUUGAUUCAUCCUGGUGAGAUUUCUAGUGUUCAAGUCAUGUUGAAGUCGGAAGAUUAGCUGUUCUUACUGGUCUAUCCAAUAAUUUGUAGCAAAGUCUAUUUAUCGUACUUAAACUACAGUAAGGAAAAGAGGCGGUUUUCCCCUGUCGUCAGUGUGGUUACAUGUCUCCAAGGCCCCUUCCUUGGUCAAUGGCAGGAUUUAAAUUCAGCCAAAACAGGCGUUGGUACAUGCAGAAUCCUGGGCCUGUGGAACAAAGGGGACAGAGAAGCCAGCCUGCCCCAAGCUGUCAGGGAGAAAAGAACAGUCUACUAGCUUAGACACUAUUUUUAUAAAAAAUAGGCAUUUUUAUUAUAAAAUAGUCCUCCCUCCCUUUUUUUCCCCCCAGGAUAAAAGCCUUUAUACAGAAACAGAUGGAACCUUUCCUAUAAAACCUUUUCUUCAAAAGAUUGUGUGGUUCGUAUCAUGAAUGCCCAUCACCAGGCGGGAUUGGGCACAUCCCUAUACGUGAGCUCCCUGAGGUCUCUCUCUCUCUCUCUGCCAAGUCCCUCCCCCAUGUCAACCCCUCUAGAUCGCUUACUCAGAUGCCUGUGUCAGAUGAGGGUGGUUAAUGCUCACUGCCUCCCUCCCUGCUAUGUGGGUUCUAGCUUGGACAUACAGGUGCCUUUUCACCAUUAGUUAUGCAGUAAAAGAGAAAGAUAGGAAAUAGAGAUGGCUGUAUGGCCUGGGGCCCCGCUGGCACCAGAAAUGAAUGAAAUCAGAACAGUCCUACCUGAGCCUUCCAAAAACCACUUUUUUUCUGGGGUUUGGUGUGUGUGUGUGUUUUUCCUAAUGUCACCUGUGACAUCAGGGUCAGAACUGAGAAGAGAAAUAGUUUACUUUAGAGAAGCAUGUAUCCAGAUGCUAGCCCUCACACUCCCUAGCUUUCUAAAUAAUUUCAUUUGAAGAGAAAUAAAUGCAUGAUGUGGUUUUUAAUCUUAAUGAGCACUUUUAAAUUAAUUAGACACAGAGAAAAGCAACAUUUAUAAUUCCAGGACUGUGAUAUGAGCAGAUAGUUUUGUGAACACAUGAGGACUGCCCCAGAGUGCAAGCAUGGUGGGUCUCCCAAAGGACACAACUGAGAAGAGAGUUCACGUGUCCAUAGGUUCAGUGAUGCCAAAGUUAGCUGAUUUUCCACUCAGAGUCAUCUUUCUUCUUUAACUCUGCUGAACUGUCAUAUAUAAAGAUAAAUAUAUACAUAUAUAUGCUACAUGAGUACUAUGUACUUUUGACAUGGAUACAUAUGUAGAUAUGGCCACGUUUUCCUAUGUAGAGACAUAGAACUGUUUUAGAGGGCCAGCAGACAGAGAUUUCUGGUUUCUAUAUGGAAGGAAACGUAGCAUUGUGAGCCCUACCUUCCGCCACACCCUCAGGUGGGAGAACAUCUGGUAGCUCAGUUCUUUCUGUACUGACAGGAAGGAAGGAAGGAAUCACAUGUCCAUUUUCCUUAAUAUCUUCUCUUACAACAUGAAGUCAUUGGAGUUGAUUGGAAAGAAAAACACUGGAAAACAUUAGGGAUGGCAGCCAAGUAAGGACCCAUAUCUUCCGAGGACUCUGUGUCCAAAACACCCGUUAUCCCCAGCCCCAUGCAGCAGGGUGGCAGAACAGCAGAGCCCUGUGGGGUCUGUUCACCUUGACCGACCUUAUUGCCCUUCCCACACCACCCCAAUUUUCAAAAUACCCCCUCCCCAGAGUGUUUACAGAUGGGUGGUAGGGUGGAAGUAGGUAAACUAGCACUAAGAAACUAUCUUCAUGUUCUCAAUGAUUCCAUAGAAGAAAAAUCUAUGAACCUUGAAUCUAGUUUCUACACAGCACAUGAUACCACAUAACACAAACUGCAGGGUUGAGCUUAGGGGAGAAAAAAGGAAAACUUUAGCCUCCUCCUCCCAAAGUCGA